AUGUCGUUACCCCGAUCGUCGCGGAGGUUAAUCCCGCGAGUCUCCAACCGAUGCUACUCAAGUGCACCUUCGCCGCGGGCGAAGCUCAAUCUGCCCGUGGACUACAAAACUACCCCGAUUCUACACCACACACCAUCAUCUCUAAGCGGAGUCCCCGAUUUCCCCGCCGGAGCAACCAGCAAGAAACUGAACUACUUUCAAGCAAUCAACUCCGCGUUGCGGACAGCCUUGUCCAAAUCGGACAAGGUGAUGCUGUUUGGAGAGGAUGUGGCUUUCGGUGGUGUGUUCCGGUGCUCAAUGGAUCUUCAGACGGAAUUUGGCUCAGAACGAGUGUUCAACACCCCGUUGACAGAACAAGGAAUUGCUGGCUUUGCUAUUGGUGCGGCAGCGGAAGGGAUGAAGCCAGUGGCUGAGAUUCAAUUUGCCGACUAUGUCUACCCAGCCUUUGAUCAGAUCGUGAACGAGGCUGCGAAAUUCAGAUACCGCGAAGGUGGUACGGGAAUCAAUGUUGGGGGUCUGGUGAUUCGAAUGCCCUGCGGUGGGGUCGGACACGGUGCUUUAUAUCAUUCUCAAUCCCCGGAAGCCCUCUUUGCACACGUUCCUGGCGUCCGAGUCGUGAUGCCUCGAUCACCUGCCCAGGCCAAGGGUCUUCUUCUAUCCUCCAUCUUUGAGCACAAUGAUCCGGUCAUUUUCAUGGAGCCAAAGAUUCUCUACCGCGCCGCCGUGGAACAUGUCCCCAAUGAAUACUAUACGAUACCCCUCAGCAAGGCCGAGGUGAUCAAGCCAGGCAAAGAUCUGACGAUCAUCUCAUACGGUCAACCACUCUACCUAUGCUCAUCUGCCAUCUCAGCCAUCGAGAAGUCCAUGAAAGGUGUCAGCAUCGAAUUGAUUGAUCUCCGCACUAUCUAUCCCUGGGAUCGGCAGACCGUCCUUGAGAGCGUCCGCAAGACGGGACGAGCAGUGGUCGUUCACGAGAGCAUGAUCAACUACGGUGUGGGCGCGGAAGUGGCUGCGACCCUGCAAGAAGGCGCUUUCUUGCGCUUAGAAGCUCCCGUCAAGCGAGUUGCUGGUUGGAGUACGCAUACUGGUUUAUCAUAUGAGCAGUUUAUCCUUCCCGACGUGGCCCGAAUUUACGACGCCGUCAAACAGACUUUGGAGUACUAG